AUGGAUGGAGAAACGAAUGUUGUGGGAGAAUCGUCUAGGUCCAGCCAACUGAAAAGUGAUGCCAGGCCAUUUAGAUAUCCAUAUCCAUCCCCAGAUGAAAGAAUGCUGUUUGCGACUUUUUCCAAUGGUCACCCAGUUAGUAGAGAAGAAAUUUACGACUAUUUUAGUGUGUUAUAUGGGAGCUGCCUCCAGAAGGUUUACGUACACGAGAACAAUGAAUUUGCAAAAAUUUUGUUCACAACAAUGAGUUUGCCUGCUUCAAUAAUGGGGGACCAGGAAGUUGUGCACAUUUCCAUUAAUAACAAACCAGUUUGGCUAAAGAAAUUCAGGCGCCCGGAUAGCAAUAGAAAUCAGACACAGUAG